AUGGUGAGGCUGGUGUUGGUAUUGCUGCUUCUGUUGCCUCCCAUGGCAUGCCAGAGAAUGCAGUGUCCUGAAUCCGAUCCCAUUUUGAUUCCACAUGACAGGUACCAGGGAGGGGAUCUUGUGAUUGGUGGAAUUACUUCACAGAUCAUUUACAGCCUUCACGAACCUUUCUUCAAGAAACAUCCGUCGCACUAUCUGGCUGAGCUGCCAAUGAUUGUGACCAAGUUCUACCAACACCUCCUGGCCUUGGUGUUUGCCAUCAAAGAGAUCAAUGAGAAUCCAAAAAUCUUGCCCAACGUCACCCUUGGUUUUCACAUUUAUGACAGCUACAAUGAGUUUAAGAUGACCUAUCGCACCACUCUGGACCUGCUCUUUCAUUUUCACAGAUUUCUUCCCAACUAUAAAUGUGACAUCCAGAAAAAUACAAUAGCUGUCAUCGGUGGACUCGGCGCAGAUGUCUCCGUUCGCAUAUCAGAUAUCUUAGGUCUUUACAGGAUUCCACAGUCAAACAACCUCCCAGGAUUCCAGAAAUUUCUUCAUAAUACAAAACCUGACUUGAAACAUGGAGAUGGUUUUCUCAAGGACUUCUGGGAGCAAGCAUUUGACUGUUCCUUUCUGGUUUCCGAGGAUCAAUUGGAAGACAAUGAUGUUGUGCCUGUUUCUGUGUGCAAUGACUACUGCCAACCUGGUUAUCAGAAGAAAAAGAAGGAAGGGGAGAAGUUUUGCUGCUAUGAUUGUGUUCCUUGUCCAGAAGGGAAGAUUACAGAAGGGAUAGAUAUGGUUGACUGUAUCAGAUGCUCAGAAGAACAAUACCCAAGCAAGGACCAAGAUGGGUGCAUUCCUAAAGUUAUAAACUUCUUGUCCUUUGAUGAACCUUUAGGGAUCAGUUUAGCUUCAGUUGCAAUUUCAUUUUCCCUGGUAACGGCCUUGAUUCUAGGUACAUUUAUGAAGCACAAAAAUACCCCAAUAGUCAAAGCCAAUAACCAGGAUAUCACGUACACUCUCCUGGUUUCCCUGCUGAUUUGCUUCCUCAGUCCUUUGUUAUUUCUUGGAUACCCGAAGAAGGUGACCUGCUUCUUCCGACAAUCUGCUUUUGGCAUUAUAUUCUCAGUGGCUGUUUCUUGUGUGUUUGCCAAAACGAUCACUGUGAUUGUAGCUUUCAUGGUAACCAAACCAGGAUUCAGCAUGAGGAAGUGGGUGGGGAAAAGACUGCCCAUCUCCAUUAUCUUUACUUGUUCCCUCAUGCAAUCAGGCAUUUGUGUCGUGUGGCUGGGAACCUCUCCCCCUUUCCCACAUUUUGACACACAGUCACUGACAACUGAGAUAGUGGCAGAAUGUAAUGAAGGAUCAGUCUUCAUGUUUUAUAUUGUCCUUGGGUACAUAGGGCUUCUGUCACUCAUCAGUUUGUCUGUGGCUUUCAUAGCCAGGAAGCUGCCAGAUGCUUUUAAUGAAUCCAAAUUUAUUACCUUCAGCAUGUUGGUCUUUUGCAGUGUUUGGUUGUCUUUUGUUCCAACCUACCUGAGCACCAAAGGGAAACACAUGGUAGCCGUGGAGAUCUUCUCUAUACUGUCCUCCAGUGCAGGGUUACUGGCCUGUAUCUUUUUCCCCAAGUGCUAUAUUAUUGUGUUGAAGCCUGAGCUGAACAAGAGAGAACAACUAAAAAGGCAAAAGUGUUAA